AUGUUUACAUCUGGGUUAGAACAUGAGCUGUAUGAAUAUCCACCUCAGACAAGAAUUUUGCGCUCAAUGAUGGUGAUGAGAGCCAAUCAACAGGAGGAGUAUUCAGGGGAAAAAAUACAUAACUUGUUACAGAGUCAUUUUAAAAAAACAAAUCCUUUUUAUGAUAAUGACAUCUUGCCUCAGACGCAUCUAUAUACCAAAGAAGUCCUUUAUUGCAUCUUUCUGAACGAUAUUACCAUGAUUGUAGUCGUCUUUACAACUAAGUUAAUUGAAAUAGGCCAUCAUUUAUUAAAUGCAUUAAAAGAUGAUACAACCAGCGACAUUAAAGAUUUGUUUAUGCAAAAAACGAAUUUCGAGAAUUUUUGA